GUUAAGUGUUACAAACAGGCAGAUAGAGAAAUAACAGUUUCAAUUUGUUUUCUUGAUGUAGAUAUUAGUGUAAGGGCCAAGCUCCAAUCAGUAACAAGACAAAGAAGUGAAAUAGAAAUAACGCAGUCUGAGUCAGAUGAAGGGGAUGUGAAACCUAGUACUUUCAAGAGUGAUGAUGCAAAACUGCAGCAAAAGGGAUUUCCACGAUCAGGACACAAGAAAAAGUAUGACAAAUUAAAUUCAUGUACUUUCUGCAAGAAAAUGAUACAUUCUAAAAUUACUAGACAUUUGCUUACGCAUAAAGAGCAAGCUGAAAUUCUCAAAAUUAGACUGUUGCCAAAGCGAUCUGAAGAGCGAGCUGCAGAGUUUUCAGCUCUUGUGAAUGAGGGUAAUUACAAGCAUAAUGUGGAGGUUUUGAAGUUAAAUAAAGGUACCCUAUUCACAAUGGGACGGGAGAGUCCAGACAAGUCAAAACACUCUAUAGAGGAUUACUACCCUUGUGAAUAUUGUAAAGGGUUUUGCCAAAAAAGACUAUUGUGGCAUCAUGCCAGCAACUGUAAAGUUAGAAAACUUCGAAAUGGGAGUGACGGUAACUUUUUGUGCAAUUCUCGUACAUUGCUGUAUAGUUCUCUACUUGAAAAUGAUGAUCAUGCCAUAAUGCCAAUGUUAGAAAGAAUGAAUGAUGGGGAAGUCAAGAGAGUUAUAGCAAAAGACAAAAUACUUAUUGUAAUUGACAGCAAUAUUGGAUCAAGUAGCAAAGACUUCUUUUAAAUAAUAAUUUAAACAUUGAAUCCAGCCAUCUUUCAGUUAGCAUUUAUUGUUGUUUUUUUAAUUAAUUAUUUUUUUAAGCAAAGUAUUUUAACAAUUACUGGUAAGCGAGUAGUUUCUGUACAGAAAUCACAUUGAUUUUGAAAUCUUUUUCAAAUGUAAAUUCACAAGAAAUUACUUGUUACAUACAUCAAAGUUCAGUUUGUCACAUGCAAUCACGGUUAUCUUGUUGUGUUCUAAAUAUAGAAUUAUGUUAGAUAUGAGGUUACAAAAUAGCUCUUUAUUUUGCAUGAAGAGAAGCAGUUCCAGUACAAACAUAAAAAUUGACAAGAUUAUGCUAUAUCAUUAUAUCAGCGCUCCCUUAACCUAAAAUCGAUAAGUAGAACGUUUUACACGAGUUUCAUAUUUGUUUCAUUGAACCUGCAUUGAACAUAUUCUACCUGUAGAGAAUGCCGGUAUGCGUAGUCAAAAUGGUAUAAAUCUUUAUUCACAUGUAUUUAUUUUCUAUGCACGUAGUGAAGGACGUUGGGAAAUGUCGAUUUUAUUCAUAAUCUUCUUUGGGUUACACUUAAGGAUAUAUUAUGCUUAUUUCUGAUGUUUACAAAUGUUAAAAAUCUCUUCAUAGUUCCAUUAUACAGAAGAUUCAUCAGGUGUAAAGUGCUAUAUUUGGUUUAAAAGGUUACACAGGAAUGUAAACUAACGUGUAAACUCUGUAUAACUAAAUAUGGGCAUGAAAAGGUUGGCAGUUUUUAGCUCGACUUUUCUAUGAAAAGGGGAGCUAUCCUACUCACCUCGGUGUUGGCGUUGGCGUCACACCUUGGUUAAGUUUUUCGUACCACCCCACUUUAUUUCAGAAGUAUUAGAGGUAUGGCUUUGAAACUUACCAUACUUGUUCACCAUCAUAACCUCCAUCGACAGACAAGAGUACAUAACUCUGUCAAGGUUUUUGACAGAAUUAAUGGCCCUUUUUUUACUUAAAAAGUGUAUUGAGCUUGGUUAAGUUUUUUGUACCACCUCACUCUAUUUCAAAACCAUUGGAGGUAUUGCUUUGAAACUAACAUACUUGCCUACCAUCACGACCUUCGUCAAUAGACAAGAGGACAUAACUCUGUCAAGGUUUUUGACAGAAUUAUGCCCCUUUUUAGCUCGACUUUUCUAUGAAAAGGGGAGCUAUCCUACUCGCCCCGGCGUCGGCGUUGGCGUCACACCUUGGUUAAGUUUUUCGUACCACCCCACUUUAUUUCAGAAGUAUUACAAGUAUGGCUUUGAAACUUACCAUACUUGUUCACCAUCAUAACCUCCAUCUACAGACAAGAGUACAUAACUCUGUCAAGGUUUUUGACAGAAUUAUGGCCCUUUUUUGACUUAGAAAGUGUAUUGAGCUUGGUUAAGUUUUUUGUACCACCUCACUUUAUUUCAAAACCAUUGGAGGUAUUGCUUUGAAACUGACCAUACUUGUUUACCAUCACGACCUUCAUCAACAGACAAGAGGACAUAACUCUGUCAAGGUUUUUGACAGAAUUAUGCCCCUUUUUGACUUAGAAAAUACAUUGAAUAUGGGUAAAAUCCACUUAUUGCCUUAACCCUUUGAGAUAUUGCUUUGAAACUUUUAAUGCUAUUUCACAUCAUUACCCCCAUCUGUACGCAAGAGAAGGUAACUCUGUCAAGGAUUUGUUUUAAAAAUUAAGGCCUUUUAUCGACUUAGAAUUAAAUUUAUUUAAGGCUCAACUCAGUUUUUUUUUCUUUCUUACCAGCCCUCUUUUGACUUAAACAUUUCAAACUUUGCUGCAGUGUUCAAGGGUAUCACACAAUUCAGUAAAAUAAUUCUUCACUAAAUAUCUUAAUGCUCAUGGCCAUUGUUCACUUUAAAAAUACAGAGAUUCUUGUAUUGCCUUUUACUGCAAAAACUUUUUUUAUUGGCAAGCAAUAAAAAAGUCGAGCGCGCUGUCUUACGGACAGCUCUUGUUUACUUAGACAAUACAUUGAAUAUGGGUAAAAUCCACUUAUUGCCUUAACCCUUUGAGCUUGCUUUGAAACUUUUAAUGCUAUUUCACAUCAUUACCCCCAUCUGUACGCAAGAGAAGGUAACUCUGUCAGGGAUUUGUUUUAAAAAUUAAGGCCUUUUAUCGACUUAGAAUCUUGGUUAACUUUUUUGUACCAGUCAACUUUUUGACUGAACUGGUUGAGAUAUUAAAUUGAAAGUUGGAAUACUUGUUUACCAUCAUGGUCCCAAAACAUGGGCAGGAGAAGGUAAUUCUGUUAAGGAUUUUAUUUGAAUUAUGGCCCUUUUUGACUUAGAAACUCAGUUAAAAUUUUCAUUCUUGUCCACUUGUUGACUUAACCAUUUGAGAUAUUACUUUGGAAGUUGGAGUUCUUAUGUGCCAUCAUGAGACCUAUCUGUAAGCAAGAGAAGAUAACUCUGUGAAAAUGUUUCUUGAUUUGUACUUAGAAAUUCCUAGUUAAAGUCUUGUGUGCCCUUAACUGUCAAAGUUUUGUUUUAUAGGCAAGCACUAAAAAAGUCGAGCGCGCUGUCCUUCUGACAGCUCUUGUUUUAAGAAAUGAGAUUAA